UCGUGUCAUUUGUUGACAACAUGACAAAAAAAAACCAAAACAUUAAUUUUGUGUGUGAAAGUGUGUUUUUAGAUUUAAUUUAAUUAGAGAAAUCCACUUAAAGUCCCAGUAAUGAUCAGCCUUUAGAUGCGAAAAUGUAUUUCCCGAUAGGGUGGCCUAAAGUGGUCCAAAUCCCCCCGGAUUCUAGUAGUUAUUCCUUGAAACAGAUCAAAUGUAACAGGGACAGGAUAUUGGUGGCUAUUUUAACUGAUGAUUGCUUGGCUAUUUGGUUUUGUAAGCCCUGUGUCCCGAUAGUAUUCCACCGAAGGGAUGCAAAGUCUAUUGAAAAGUUUGGUACAAACAUCACAGCAGAAUGGAAACCUGAUUCAAGCAAAAUUGUUAUAGCUACCUCUGAGGGACAUCUUAUUUUCUAUAAACUAAAUGUCAUAUCAAACCAAAAAGGGCUGUACAUACAAACAGACUCGCCCCAUGCCAACCUUAGAAGGGACAGUGCCGAGUUGUUUAUUAAAGAAACUAUCCCUCCAUUAUCUUUAGAAAUUAGUGAAGAGGCCUUAGUAUGGGAUGGAAAAAUCACUGGUAUUGUGUGCAUAACGAUGCAAGAAAUCAUGAUUUCCACUACGGAAAAUCACGUUUUGAGGUACAGAUGGGAUGGCACCCAAAAUCGUGAUUACACUUUAGACCUUAGGAGAAUCCCUUUUUGUAUUAAUCAACAAGUGUCAAAAGCAAUACCCAUUGUGGAAGAGACCAUUCACAUAAUUGAUAUUGAAUACUCUCCAUUGGUUGGGGGUUUUUCAAUAGUCUUAAAUGAUGGUAGGGCCGCCUUUUUGACUGCCUCCUCAUUAAAGUUUGAUCCUAAUCAAGUGCAAGGAAUUUGGGCUCAAGGUAUCGAGGAUGCCACUUGUACCACUAUUAAUCAUAAAUAUAGACUGAUCACUUUCGGCAGGGCCAACUCAGAGUGCAUCGUCUACUAUGUAGACGACAGUACCGGCGGCCUGGAAACCUCCCACAAUUGCAUCUUGGGCAGCAAAGACUAUCCGGGAUGUCCGGGGGCCAUCGGCACCGUCCUAUGGACUCCGGACGGGUGCGCCCUGGUGGGCGCGUGGGUGCAAGGCGGCAUCGCCAUGUGGUCCACCUUUGGCGCCCUACUGAUGUGCUCCCUCGGCUGGGAUUACGGCUUAAACGUCGACAUCCAACGGUGUAAUCCUUUGAGGGUUUUAUCUAUGGAUUUUGCCACCGAAGGUUAUCAACUGUGGAUGAUUAGAAAAGAUGGCGGAAGUUCCACAUCUGAUAACGAGCCGACCGAGAAUGGCAACAAAGUAACACUGGAGACCUCGAAAGCCAGUUUAAUCCAGUUAGAUUUCGCUAAGAGUGCGCUCACCAUUAAUCCCUGUAUGAGCCACCAGAGUCAUUUGUAUCUCCAGGGCGAGGAUCGACUCUACGUAAACUCCGCCGAUAAUUUAAUAAAAACGUUCUCGGAACGGAAUUGUUGCAACUCCAAUAGUAGAGAGGACGCGGUUUUUGGCGAAAGUGCCAUUUUGACCACCACAUUGGCUGAAGGGAGACAGUGGCUGGUUAUACCUGUACCAUCUACUUAUUCCGCCACCAAUUGGCCUAUUAGGUACUCGGCCAUAGAUGUAGAAGGGCAAAAUCUAGCGAUAGCAGGUCGUACCGGUCUGGCCCACUACUCGAUGCAAACCAGACGUUGGAAACUGUUCGGCAACGAGAGCCAAGAAAAAGACUUUAUAGUCGCGGGCGGAUUGCUCUGGUGGCGGGACUAUAUAGUCUUGGGGUGUUACAGUAUAGUGGACAACUCGGACGAGUUGAGGUUUUACUCGAAAGAGGCGAAAUUGGACAAUAAGUUCGCCAAAAUCGUGUCCGUCCAGGCGCCCAUUUUGUUGAUCAACAUCUUGGGGGAUCAGUUGGUCACUUUCGGGUCGGACGCUCAAAUAUCCAUUUGGUUAUUGCGCCAAAAUGAUAACAUCGGUGACGUGUCCUUAACAAAACUGCAAGCGAUAGACGUGUCCGCGUUGGCCGUACAUCCCGCCUGCAUAGUAUCGGUCACUUUGACGUCACUGAGGACCGAGGCGGCGAGUGUAAAAAGCGCGAGUCUAAAGACGGCCGAGAGUAUGGUACUGAAUGUGAGCGGGCGUCUCUUUCUGGUGCAGCGAGAAAUGCGAAACGGCGAUAAGUACGCGUGUCUUAUGCCGACCGUGUUGGCCGGGUGUGUGGAGAACGUGUGGGUACCAGCCAGGAGGCGACAGGAUAAAGCCCACUUGACCGAAGCCUUGUGGCUCUUCUGCGGCUCCCACGGUAUGCGCGUGUGGCUCCCCCUGUACCCCAGGGACGGCGACAAACCCCACAGUUUUAUGUCCAAGAGGAUCAUGCUUCCAUUCCAACUGAAAAUUUACCCAUUAGCAAUUCUAUUCGAGGACGCCAUCAUACUGGGAGCGGAAAACGACACGGUUUUAUACACGACCGACUUAAACUCGCCGUUUUCGUUACCGUUUAGUGUCCUACAGCGUACGAGUCAAGUGUAUUUACAUCAAAUUUUGAGGCAACUUAUCAGGAGGAAUUUGGGUUACCACGCAUGGGAGAUCGCUCGGAGUUGCAUGGGUCUACCGUACUUUCCGCACUCGUUAGAACUGCUUUUACAUGAGGUGUUAGAAGAGGAAGCUACUAGUAAAGAGCCGAUCCCGGACGCCCAAUUGCCCAGCGUCAUCGAAUUCAUCGCGGAAUUUCCGGUUUAUUUGCAAACGGUGGUGCAGUGCGCGAGGAAAACGGAAAUCGCCCUCUGGCCCUAUUUGUUCUCGGCUGCAGGUCCUCCGAAGAACCUGUUCCAGGAGUGUAUGGCCAAGGGGCAACUGGACACCGCCGCCUCUUACCUCAUUAUUUUACAGAAUUUAGAGACUUCCUCGGUAAGCAGGCAGUACGCCACCCUAUUACUGAACACCGCUCUGGAUCAGUCAAAAUGGGAACUGGCCAAGGAUCUGGUGCGGUUCCUGAGAGCCAUCGAUCCGAACGACGUGGAAUCACCCCGGAAUUCCUUCGUACUUCCGAGCAAACUUACCAACAAACAAACGCCCCCGGUCAGUCCGAACGCCGAGGAAAUCUCGCUGAUUUUGGGAAACGUACAGGGAGGCUCUCGGGUUCGUUCCUACAGCACCACCGUAUCCCCGAAACUGCCGGAAAAAGGCGGUGGAACUGUGGAGAAAAUGAACGUUUUACCGGAAGUGUCGCCCAAGUCCAACCGGAAGAAGUCGGCGCCCAACGUCAUUCCGCCGAAGAACGACAAUAAUCGUUUUUCUAGAACGCGCUUUAGUAGCCUCAUACCGUUUUCCUCACACUGGUGGAACGUUUUUAGAUUGAACUCGCCGAGUAAUACGGCCGAAGAGUUCUUCAUCGACGUCAUCCUGCAGAAACACGCGCGUCGAUUGUUGUCCAACAGACGUCUGACCGAUUUGGGUUAUUUUGCCGCCCAUUUGGAUUUCCACCUGGUCGCCUGGUUGGGCAAAGAGCGGGACCGGGCGGCCAGAAUUGACGAUUUCGUUGCGGCGAUGAAGCAGCUACACGAGGAGUUCGCCUGGCCGUACCCAAAUCCGACCGUCUUGUCACCGAGAGAGAGUUUCUCUAAGCCCCAGUCGCCCACGAACCACUUCGAAGACCAACUGCAGAACCUAAAAAUCGACGUGUUCAACUUUAACCCCCCGGGGCCGCUGCCGCCCUCAAGCCGCGUGGGCGACAGCGGUUACAUGAGUUUCCAGGGCGGCCCGCCCCACCAUCUCGCCGCCCAUCCGAUCACCCCCGAACAGUCCAGUCAAAUCGCCGCCGACGAAUUGAUGGAGUUGCCGGACGAAAAACUCCCGCCGAACGACGAUCGUCAUCCUACGCAGACUGAACCGUUUUUCGGUUCCGUCACGGGGUUACCGAGUACCACGUUACAGGCGCACACUCGGCCCGUAAUGGCGGACGGUUCUUUGGUGAGUGGCGUGAGUUCGGUAUGGGGCGGAGACGAGAGGGAUUUGGUGAGUGGGGAGGGCAGCGUGGUCACUAUGGAGAACUGGGAGGUGCCCUCCACGCAAAUUCUCGAACAGUUGAAUAAUUCUGAUAGUAAGGGUUCUCACAGGGCUGAGAUACAGUUAAGGUAUUUGUUGCAAUUGUUUAUGGAGGCGAGUUGUCUAGAGUGGUCCCUGCUGAUUUCCGUGCUACUGAGGGACGCGAUGGCGGUUCUGCGUACCGUAAACGCGGCGAAAUCUCACGAGCAGUCGAUCGAGAGCGUGUCUAGAUUGAGGCAGGGCCUCCUCAUCUUGAAUUAUUGGACCAAUAACGAGUGUUUGGGUUACAAGGCCUUCAUGUUGGCCAUCCAGAAUCAAAUUUCCGUCCUGACAAGAAUCCUCGAAACGAAAAUCCAACAUCAGCAAAUCAUCGAGUACCAGCAAGCGGUCCAGUCGACGUUAUUGACGAAAGCGGUACAAAACCCGCGUUCGCGCAAAUCUAGUCAGAGUCAACCGGAACAAGCGCCGAACGCUAAACAAACGAAUAACCACGAAAUAAGUGAGGUUAAGAAGGGUGGCGAAAAGGGAAGUGCGGGGUCGGUCGGUGCGGACCUAGAGGAGUCCCUGUUACCCAACGAAAGCACCGGCUGCGUUCUAUCUUAAGUGACUUUUACUUUUUUAAGACUAAACCGUCAAGUGUAAUUCUCCAAUUAAUAAUUGAAAAUACUCGUUUUUUUUUUUGUUGUGUACUAUAGUAUUUUAAAUAUUUUGUAUAGAAAGUUCUUAUUAAAAAAAAAAAUAAAAAACGUAACUGUGG